CUUCAACCUCAAAGACAAGCAGUAUCUCCAAUCUCCAACCCACGCACACCACCACAAAAUGUCGUCCUCACUCCCCCUACAAAUCGCAGAAACAAUCCAAACAGCAUCCAUAAAACGCAACCCAUCACCCUCUCACGACCUCAAUCCCUCCACCGCCGCCUCCGAAAAGGAACCCGUCAAGCUCUCCCAACCUAGUCACGCCCCAGCAUCCGAGGCCUCUCUAGACAAAUACGCAUACGAUGACGAAGACGGAAUCGAUGCUUCAGAGGAAGAAGAUAUCCCAUAUUCGGUUCUGAAGCCUAUUCCAAGACGGCAGAGCUUUGGACCGCUACCGGAUUUGAGAUUCGAGCAGAGCUAUUUGGCUAGUAUUGCGGGCGCGGAUACUACUUGGAAGGUGUUGUUCAUUACUGUUAGAGAUCAGGUCGUCUUUCCCCUCGUCCAAGGCAUGGUCUGGUCUCUUGCUCUCCACGGCUGGCGAUAUUGGAACAAGAACGCUCAAUUGAGCGGUAGCAGCGUUGGGGCAAAAGUUAGAAGAUGGUGGUACACGACCAACAAUUGGAAAGUACCAGAAGGACUCAGUAAAGCAGCAGGGAACCAAAAGCUGGCAAAUGAGGUGGGUGAUUACUAUAAAACACAGAAUACUAGUGAUUGAACG